AAUGGGCCAUUCGCUUCCGGCACCGGGGAGCCAGGCUGGGGUCGCUGAGGGGUGAGGUCGGGGCUUCGGGGGCAUUGACCUUUCCUGUCUGUCCGCCGUGCAGUCCUUGACCGUAGAGCCGAUCGGCCGGAACUGGCGCACAGGCCCCGGCGCCCUCUGGCUGCGCCAUGGUCCAGCUCACUACUGUUCUGUGCAGGGCCUACCGUGGAGGCCAUUUAACCAUCCGCCUUGCCCUGGGUGGCUGUACCAACCGGCCUUUCUACCGCAUCGUGGCUGCUCACAGCAAGUGUCCCAGGGAUGGCCGUUUUGUAGAGCAGCUGGGCUCCUAUGAUCCGCUGCCCAACAGUCAUGGAGAGAAACUCGUAGCUCUCAACUUCGACCGGAUCAGACAUUGGAUUGGCUGUGGGGCCCACCUCUCUAAGCCUGUGGAAAAGCUCCUGGGUCUUUCUGGCUUUUACCCUCUGCAUCCCAUGAUGAUCACAAAUGCUGAGAGACUGCGACGGAAACGGGCACGAGAAGUCCUCUUAGCGUCUCAGAAAACAGAUACAGAGGCUACAGAAACAAAAGCGAGCUGACUUAAAUGAGUGUAGCAGUGGAAAUAAGUUUAAGUCCAAUUAAAACAUUUGUGCAGAACUCUUAGUUUUAUUAGACUUAGAGGUUAAUAAAUGUAGUUUUUAAAGUCACCCAUGCUUUUCUGGCCUGAACAGGGCUCAGGGAAGGUUUGUUCUUGAUUGACGUAAAGCUGGUAUAGGUACUAAUUAGCUUUUUCAGCCUUCAUCUGGGGAAAAUAGUGGUUGUGGGGUGGGUUGGAUUCUGCCUCUAUUGGACAACUUUUUAGCCUGCUGCCUUCCAAGACUUCCCUGUUUCAAAGCUGCCAACCAGAAUGUUCAUGGCCUAUCCAAGUAAUUCUUCCUGUAAUCAUUUGCGAUCAUCCCACCAACUCAAGAACACAGUUACUUCCAAGGUAGGUUUGUUAUGAGCUUUUAGGCUACUUUUUAAGAAUGAAUAGCUGAAAGAAAGAUAAUGUUGUAAAGUACCUACAUACAUUCUAGGCCUUUUCCAUGCAAGAUUAUUUUUGAGAAUUACAAGGUAUCAUGAAGUUAGGUAGGGUUAUCUCCAAUUUAUAGGUGGGGAAGCUGAGGUUUGGAAGAAGGCCACAUAGUUUUAAUAAUGGGCAGAGCUAAGAGUCAACCCUCAGUGUGCCUACCUGGAGUCCUUUUCCAACAUGUUAUAUUGUCAGUGGUGGAGGAAUUGAGCAAAAAUGAGGGGCUUUACAAAAGUCCACUUAAAAAGUCAGUGAUAGAAUCAGGUUUAGGUAUCAUGAUUUGGUAAUGUAAAUGACUAGUUGUGCCAAAAACAAAAAAAAAAGAAAACAAACCCCAAAUACAUUAUCUGUUCCACCAGAACUGUAGCAAGGAUUAUAUUCUGUGUAAGAUUAAAAUAUAGAAGAUUUAUAGAGGAGAUUCUCAAGCUCUAUCAGUGUACCGACUUAUUUUAUUCUCUGGGCUUUAUAUUCUGUGAAUAGUUAUCAGCCACCUCAAAAUCUGGGGGUCACAAAUUCUGCCAGGGUUGUCACUGUUUGGCCUCCACUUGCUUUGAGGAGACUUUGAAGGCAGGACAGGCAGAGAGGAACUGACUUUAGUUGGGUUGUAUCUUGGAUCUAGGAAAGAGAAAUGUUUUGGAAACCACAGAAGUCUGGAAGUUAGAUAAUAAUCUACCCUGGUUUGAGGUCUUCAGAGAAACUUCAAUUGGUAGAGCAGAGGCAAAUGUGAUUCUGGAAAGUAUUGAUCAGUUAGGGGAACUGAUGUGAAAUGGGUAUUACUUUGAGCUACUGAGUUUCUGCCAACUCGACUACUGUUGUCUGUCUUUUUUAAAAGAUUCGUAUAUAUACAACUUCCUGUGUGGGCUCAUCCUCUCCCUGAUUUCCAAAGUUUUCUCUAACCCUGGCCUUGCUUUGGAUUUCCAGGCCCAGAUUUUUCACCAUGUUUUAAAUGAUUGCAUCAGCCUAUCUUGCUACUACCUCAAAUCCAACAUGCUUUAGAAAACCUUUGCUUCUGAAGUUGACCUUUUUUUUUUUUUUCUUUUUUUUUUUUUUUGCGGGGAUGGGAGGGGGACGUGCCUGCAGCAUAUGGAAUUACCAAGCCAGAGAAAGAACCCGGACCAGAGCAGUGACAUGAGCUGCUGCAGUGACAAGGCUGGAUCCUUAACCUGCUGCACCACAAGAGAACUCCCCCAAAGCUUGUGUUUUUAUUAAGAUGAUUGUUGGAUUAUAUUAUCUCCACCAAAGUGGAGGAGCUGUUAAGGUGAAUAGGAAUGAUUCUGUAAUAAAUGUCAAAUCUAGACUCUCAGAUUAAAAAAGUUUUUAAAAGA